AUGCCGACCUCGCAGAGCGACCGGGUGGCCAUUCUGCGGAGUCAUCGUGUUCGAUGGUUUGUGGUCGGCUGGCUAGCUUGGUUGAGCAUUUCUGGUGCGCUGGUGAUCGCACUAGCACCGUCUUCUCCCGUCAUAAUCGCCGUCCUCUCUGGAGUAUGGGUCUUGUCAGUCACCGGUACUAUCGCAGUAUCCUUCCUGCUGCUGUUGGCAUCACCUACCACUGAGAGCAACAAGCCAUUGUGGCUUCGACUGAAAAGCAAGUAUAGCCGCAACUUGGGGAGCACUGUCAUAACCCUGUGCGCGGCGACGAUCACGCUACCCAUUCUGUACUGGAGUCUGUGGGAUCCCGAGCGCAGGCGGAACGUUAUUACGUUUGAUCGUGAUACUGUGGACAGCGUUCUCUUCCCCUCGGUCACCCUCUUCCAACGAGCCGACUGGACAUCGCAGGCCAACCUCGAAGUUGACCCACUCCCCAAGUGUUUCCUGGGAUGGCACAACGAAACCGCCCCAGACUGCGAUAUCACUUCAACAUCAUACACCGGAUCUUGCCAAUGCAGCAACAGAUGGAAUGACAGAAUCGAAGACUUCGAGUGGCAAAACACCAUCUACCGCGCCUUCACUCUGACGUCGUCCCUCUCGAUGGUGUCUCCAAUGCCAACAUACCAAAUGAUCGUCCAAGCGUUCUUUACCUAUGACACCACCAAAGCCCGCACCGACACCUCCCGCGUCCUUUCCCCCAGCCUCUGGAUCGCCGUUUACGACCCAACAUUGACAGUCCGAGAAGCACUAGAGAACGGCUACAGCCGCAUGGUUCUUAUCAAUGCCAACGGUAUGACUGCUCUGAAUCUCGGACUCAACUACCGCGAGGCGUUGGGCCAUGCACCGGCGUAUGACUACCACCUCUCCAUAUCGACAACACCCUCGAUGGAUUUGCAGUGCGACACCUCUGAUGCAAAGGGAGCAUCAGGGCUGUGCUGGUUGAGCUUGUUUCUGCAGUUUCCGAGUUUCGAGAGGCAGGUGUCGCGGCAGGAUGUUGCGAUGAAGUGGCAGGAUGUCGCGGCUGAUGCUGGUUCGUGGUUUGCGCUGUUUCAAUUGCUGGGGUGGAUUACUUCUGGGUUGGCGUGGUAUAAGGGGUGA